AUGAAGCCCAACAAAAGGGCGAGCACGGGGAAUGCUGUCGUCGGGACGCUCAGCCACCUGAACAUGACGGACUGUGCCAUAACUGAAGCCCCAGUAGACCAAUUUGCCGCGCGUGUCAAGUCGGGAGUCUUUAGAUGGUUGGACCGACGCGACGAGCUUUUCGGCACUGUCAUCUUGAGGUGGUUGGGCCUUGGCUCUCUCGUCCAUCCACAAGUCCCAGGCCUCUACUAUGCUCAGCAAAUCCCUGGCCACGUUUGGGGUGCCGAUAUGUCUCAAGAUACUGUCACGUCCAUCCUUUUGCCCGCAAAGGCUAGUAAGACCCGCCAUCCUGGUGACGUAUUGCCCCAAGGACUUGUCGGACGAGUUAGCCAGCCCAAUCUCGGCCACCUGGAGCGCAUAGGUCAGUCUGUGCAGCAGCGCCGUGUUGCGCUCCACCGGGGUGGGUGGGUCGUCGACGCCGUGGUCGUCGAGAAAACAGUCUGCGAGGGGCCAGGUGAAGCCCACGCCGCGAGGAUCGAAGCUCACGAUGUCGCGGUCUAG